CUGAGUUAUAACCAUUGUUGUAAUUUUAAACAGUUUAUCUCGAUUGCCAAUUCUUAUAGAAUUUGCAAUUUGAAAUUAAUAACAAAUCUUACUAAUACUACAAACAUCUGACAAACAUCACAUUCGUUUAUUUAUUUCGAUAAAAAUAAUAACCUUUAACCCUAUGCACUCUUAUGUCGCCGUAUCGUAUAGGCGGCACACCAUGUCGUAUCAUUACAGCUGGUUGGCCGGUCAUCCCCUAAGCUUAUUUUUAAUAUUUAUAAAUUGCUUUCUUGAACCUUCGUUAAGGACAUGUUUACGUAAAAAUAAAAGAUAGCAUGAUAUUUAUUUUAUACAUGCCAUCGUAAGCUGUUUAUUUUAUAUCUGUUGAUGUAUAUAUUUCGAUCACAGUUCACAUUUUUGCAUUUUGAAUAUUACUCAGUUUUAUAACUAACACGAUAGUAUAAAGUACGGUGUAAUGUUUCGGUGAAAAUUUCGAAAAAAAAUAUAUUUCAAAUGCCCAAGAAAUGUUUACAAGAUGAAAUUGAAAAUGAAUUGUGACGAUGAAUUUUAUAUUGACGCGCCUGAAAAUGAUAGAUUGGAUAGUGAACAUAUUAGUGACUCUAGUAGUGGUAGUGAUAUUAUAGUUACAAAAAGACAGAGAACUGUACCUUUACCAUCAAAUUGCAGCAGUAGUGAAGAAAACGAGAAUGUAACACAACCAGGUAAUUUUCGUCCACCGCAGGACGUCGCAUGCCACGAUCAGAUACCAGACAGGAUUUUAUUUACUUCUGGGGAUAAAAUGGUAGGACCACAAAUUCCUGAUACUUGUACAAAACCGAUAAAUUUUUUCAAGCUUUUUUUUUACCGAUAUAUAACUACGCUAGACAUAAAAUAGCACCGAAGAGGUUGUCAAAACGUGGGUAGAAGAGUUUACUGCAUUUAUUUGGGUUAUCCUAAAUAUGGGUACGAUCAUCUUAUCUAAUUUCCAAGAGAUUUGGUCACAACGCCAAAAUACUUUUUCUUAGUGGCAUAUGUAGAGGAGAAUGAUUUUUACAAAUUUUUUGCAUGCUCCACUUGCAUAAAAACAAUCUCUCUCUAUUUGAUUAUUUGGACAAGCAAUUCAAAGAACAUUUUGUUUCAUCAAGAGAGGUAUCGGUAGACGAAUCUGUUGUUGGAUUUAAGGGUAACGAAAUGGGUACGAAAGGGGGGAUACGAAUUAAUAUAGGUAAUGGCGGAUGCCAACACCGAAUAUGUUUAUUCAGUUUUGUCUUACUAAGGAAGCUUGACAUCGGAAUAUCUAGUGAGACCUGAUUUACCUGUAAGCACAAGGAUAGCGUUACAUCUGUGUCAAAAAUAGCAAUAACCCAGGAUAAAGAGGAUAUCAUUUUUACACCGAUAGAUACUAUACGAGCUUGCGACUUGCAGAAGAAUUGUUAAAAGUUAAUGUUCAUUUGACAGAUACUAUUCAAAUCAACCGCAAAUUUAUACUUGAUUCUAUCAAAAAAACAAGAUUCGCGAAAGAUAACACAUUUGCAUUCAGAUCAAGUAAUUUGAUGUUAUUGGCAUAUUUCAUGAACACAACCUAUCAACAGAAGAGUACGUGGAGGUAAAGUCUGUUCAUAGAUAUAAGAAAAUGACUAACUGAUACGAAUUAAGGUAAGACCCGGGAAAGCUGUAAGAAUGAAAUAUGGUCGAACAGGUCCGUACUUUACUUAGAAUUUAAUUAUUUGGGGUUUUGUUAGUAAAGAUACUAAACAAUAUUUACUUAUUUAUCUAUGUAUUUAUGUUUAAAUUACAAAUUAUUUUUAUUACCUACUUAAAUUACUUAAAAUUAUUCACAUAAUAUAUCAAUAUCGCUAUCACUAUCAUCGCCUGUUGUAAUCAUUAUUUGUUCUAUAUUAUUUGCAAUAUGGAUAUACGAUUGUUCUGCUUUUUCUAUAUGUUUAACAGAAUUUGUCCAAAUUUGUGCAGGGAUGUUAAAAACUUCAGUUUCUAUAAGUUAGAGGACAUUGGAGUUAACACGGGAAAAAACAUUGUUACGACGAAUGGCAAAUUUCAGUUGGUGCCGAACAUGUUCAAUGGGAUUAAAUAUACAGUGGUGAAAGACGACCAGUAUUUUGUCGAUCAACGUCAGGUGAUAUGGGGUGAGAAUAAUUUGGACACUACCAUCCCGAUUUUACCCAGAGGCCUGCACAAAUUUCCAUUCAGAUUCUCUCUGCCCGAGUCAAGUCUACCUUGUUCCUUCGAAAGUCGGCCUGUGCAAAUCAGGUACUACUUCAAGGUCACCAUCGAUAUACCAUAUGCGAGUCCUCCGCAGGGCACGAAGUACUUUACGGUCAUCGGGCCUCACAUUGACUGCAUGGAGGAGCAAUACUUGAAAGCUUCCGUGAUGGAAAACAAGCGAUCCACUUGCUGUUGGUGUUGCAAACGCGGAACCCUGAGCUUGCGAUGCGUCCUGGAACGUUCAGCUUACGUGUGCAAGGAGAGCAUCAAGGUCAGAGCGACGAUCGAUAAUCAGAGCGAAGACGAAGUGAGGUUAAGAGUCAGGCUAGAGCAAUUUUGCGAGUUUUUCAUAGAUCGGGGCGUGUUGGGCGUAUCCAAAGACGUCAGGCACCUGAUUUUCGAAUACAGAGGUAGGACGGCCAAACCGCACACCCGGAGCAAGUGGGACAGCUCCAACAGCUUGGUGAUACCCCCCAUGCCGACGACACUGAUCGGCAUAUGUCGACUGGCGCAGAUAUAUUACAUUUUGACCGUAAGUUUGGACACGGACAAAGACUUCGACGUCGUGCAGGUUGCCUUUCCAAUUACCAUAGGAACCGUCCCCUUCCGGAUCCCCAAUUCGAACAAAACCCCCAGAAUAAAAUAUGAAAACGCUUGCUCACACGUGGAAGGAGGCCAGUACCUGGGGCCGGAAUUUUUGUUGGGCCAAGUAUAUGACGGAAAUGAGCACUAUUUACGAGAGCCCAUAGUUUUGUACAAGCCCCUUUACGUUACAGUCGAUAACGCAGAGGACAAAUGAAAACCAAAGGCAAUAACGACCUCCAACAGGGUACUUAACCUCAAUUUUCUUUUUAUCGAUAUACACUGACCGCUUAAAAGACUGACGAAACGCGAAAAAUGCAAUUAAUGAGUAAUGCAGCCUGAAAUGCCAGAGUUUGCUCAUUGAUUACUGCUUCUGAUCCGUUGUUGAUACACCAAAUUCACAUUGUAUUACUCAUCCAGAAUAUUUGGGGUCGUUUCAUAUCGAAAUCGGGCUAAAGGCCUGGCAAGAAGAGAAUUAAAACUGCUCAAUAGCAAAUUGUCCAGGCACUUUUUUUCAAAAUAAAAAAAAAACUUUUUUUUGGCACGGGCCAUUGAAAAUGUAUAAGAUACUGAAUGCGUGAUAGCGCCAUCUAUUAGGUAAAACAAAAUAUACAGCUCUAACAUAAUUUUAUGACGAACUUCCAGUAACAUAUUGUAAAUACAUUUAAAAAAAGACGCUGUCUUAAAAUCAUGGGAAGCUAUCAUAAAAAAAUAUAGUCCGACAAUAGCCAAGUUAGAAAUGUGUACCUUUAAUAGUUCUCAAAAUAUAUCAAUCGAUGACGUCGUGUGCCAAACUUAUUUUUUAUUUUAGCAGAUUUGAUAUUAAAUGGCCCUUUUACACAAGGCACUCGAAUACAACAAAUACUUCCUUCAUUUUUUCCGAAACGUUUUUCAAAAAUGAAGUGAUAUUUUUUACAAAUUAAAUGAAUUAUUAUUACAGUUAACGGUAAUUGUAAUUAAGAUGUUUUGUGUCAUAACCUUAAUGUUUAUUGAAAUGUUAAAUGUUAGACUGAAAAAUUUGAUAUAUAACUAUUUACCUACCUGAAAUUUUUGUAAUUUAUUUUUGACACAAUUAGCACAGUAAACUAUGACCACAGUGCAUUUAGUCCAUAGGUUUAAAUGUUUCUAUGGAUUAAGCGUAUCGAAUUCAUCUAGAUGACUGGCACACAUUUAUGGAAAGUCAAUUUAACGAUUUAAAAAAAUUCAUGAACGUGCAUCCCAAAAUACAUAAAUUGAAGUAUUUUAAAGAACUGUCUAGCAGCAUAGCAUUUAUUAUAGUAGACAAAGCACAAUAUUGUUAUUGUUGUUCACCUUAAAAGAUUAUCAUUAA